AUGGACAUAACUCUUCCUAAACUCAAAUACAAGAUGGGGAAGGAACCAAUGAGUGGGUUCAAGGCCAUAGACAAGUACUCGGACUUCAAGUACAUCGCCAAGGUGAAGGAGAUACUCGGGCCUGAACAGUUUAAGAGAAUCGAGGAUUCUUGCUUGGGUCCGGUUUUGCAGUUCUUUUCAAGGAAGCCCUAUUUGGCAGGGCAGAUGAUCCACACCAUUCUGACCAAGAGCCUGAUAACCAAGACAGACAAGGAACUAUGGUUUCAUUUUCGUGGACAUCCUAUGAGAUUCUCUAGAAGAAAAUUCCAUAUGGUCAUGGGUCUGAAAUGCACAGAAUGGUUGCCUGCUGUUGAAGAAGACGAAAACAACUAUGAUUGGGCUGGAUGUGAGGAUGGGCAUUCACCUGACGAGCUAAUAGAACUCAUGAUUGAAGCGGGAGAAGAUGCUCAUGAUGAGAGGUUUUCUUUGGCUAUGUUGCUGCUCAUCGAGAUAAUUUUUCUUCAUAGGUAUUCGAAGGCAAGGUUCCCAACAUCUAAUUUACAGAAAGCACAACAGAUGGAUGUAUUGCUAAAUCAUCAUUGGGGGAUGGAUGCCUACGAAUUGCUGUUAAAAUCAGUGAAGAAGACUGUGCAGAACAGUCUAGAAAAGGCCAAGUACCCCCCGGGACGGGUUCCCUGUUGCGCUUCACCUAUGGAUCUUGGAAUCUGUACCCAAGCUUCAGUCGGCUUUCCCUACGAUUGA